AUGUCGGAUAAUACCAACGCAGAAGUCGAGAACAGCCCAACGACUCCUCCAGCAGCAGUCGAAGACGCCGAAACCUUUGACGACCCAACUGAGAAAACCACGUUCUUCCACGGUGUGAACCUGCGCACGCAACCGGUGCUCACUAAGCGAGGCCGAAAGACUGGCAAAAUAGUAUCGCGGGUUUUCGUUAUCUUGGAAGGAUAUCUCUUUUACUUCCAGCACCCCGCAGCUCCGGCGCCAUGUGGUGUUUUAGCACUGCAAAAUGCUGAAUAUUUCGUGCACUCGUAUGCGUCUUCCGCACUACUGGGGAACUUCUGCAUUGAGCUUCGAUCGCCCCUCAGAGCCUGGGGUACCCUCAUUCUCCACUUCCAUGGGUAUACCCCCAUGGCAAUCCACGAAAUCAAGCAGAUGAUGAACGCCGCUGGGGCGCAUCCUCGACGCAACCAGUUCGACAAGAACGGCGUCGAGAUCGAGAACAGUCGUCGGAGCACGAAGCAGCGUCGACCGUCUCGCUUGAUCACUCUCUCCAGCAUUUCGAAUCUCAUCCCGCACUGGGCGCGACGCAAUGGAGCCGGACGCAACAGUAUGAGUGGCCGGGAAGAAGACAGCGUGUUGAUGCUCGAAAGCGAGACCGAGUUCGAUGCAGACGCAGAUAACGUCAACUCCAACAGCGGCGCAGAGAGUAAUACGGUUGUCUGCCGGGUCACAAGAGGCUCCCGGACCAGCCUCCUUAAAGUCAAUUUGCGCAGUACGAGCAUCGGUGGCGAGCCUAGCGAUGGCAACAGAGAUAGCAGACGCCCCAGCAAUCACCAGUUCCUCCAGCUGUGCCAAAAUACCCGGCUAUCGUUCACGCAACGAGGUCAGCCACGUCGGCACUUCAGUCUGGACGAACAAGAAGAGCUCGUCGCGGAGCAGGACAUCAGUCCAGAGCACUGUCACGAGCUGUGUGUCAAUGGCUUUGUGGAGAACGCUGGUCGUCGACUGUUCCACUUCAUCUGGCCCUGGGAGGGUCUCCAGCACCUCCGUCCGAACCGCAGGCAGAGUGACGCAGCGCUACGUUUCUCGGUAGUGGUCCAGAGUGCAAACCAAAGAACGCAGGGGCCUCGCAUUCGCUUCGUAUCGGCCUUUGAACCAUCCAGACAGUUUGACGCCACUACUAUGGCGAUGAUGAGGCAGUGGGUCUCACCGCAGCAACAGCAGAGACUUGCUAUCUGUGCGGCUGAU